CAGCAGGUGAGAUUGGGAAAAUGGCCACAAAUCGGAGCAGCCAGUUCUUCGGGGGAAAAAAAUCAGAGCAACCACGCUACUGCAGAGGGGCAGGAAGAGACAGAAAAAAAAAGUUUUUUUUAUUCCUCCAAUAACGAAAAUAGACGAAGAAGAUGGGCAGAGAGCCCCCGCUCCUUCGAUUCCCCAUUCAACAAGACUCGGCAGCCAUUAGUCCUCUUCCUCCAACCCCAAGAUUGGCUCAGCCAUGUGCUGCUGCGACGAGUGCGGCUGCGGCUGCUACGACGCCUUCUGCGACUCGUGCUGCCCCUGCAUCCCCUACGACACGCGCGAAAACAUAUUCUACUGCGGGAUCUGCCUCGCCGUCCUCGCCGGCGCCGUUCUCUUCGCCGUCCUCCUCGCCGCCUACGGAUUCAUCCGCCACGUGGACGUCGCCGUCGAGGAUGCCUCCCUGACCAGGUUCGCCCUGGCGACCUCCCCCGUCACCGCGUUCGCCUACAACCUCUCGCUCACGCUCACCGUCCGCAACCGGAACUGGGCCAUGAGCAUCAAGAACACUGCGCCGCUGGAGGCCGACUACAGCUUCGACGGCCAGCGGUUCGACCGCGUCAGGCUCGCCGACGAGGGGGACGUACACCCCGCCGGGAAGACCCGGGUGUACCACCUCGCCUCCGGCGCGGACGGCGCGUACGUGGCGCUGGGGAACGCCGGCGUCGCCGAGUUCGCGAGGGAGAACGCGACGGGGACGUUCCAGGUGGAGGUGGCGCUCGCCGGCGAGGUGAGGUACCAGGCGCACCUCACCAAGUGCAAGCUGGCCGCGACCUGCCCGCUGAAACUGCAGCUCGCCCCACCGGGGACGCCGGGCGUCGUAUUCCAGAGGGUCAAGUGCAAGCUCGCCAAGCCCGACAAGAACUGCUAGCUCACCAGCUCGCUGGCGAUUCGGACGGAUUGAUUUGUUAGUUUUUUUAUUAAUUGUCUAGUAAUUUCUCUUAGCUAUUGGCGAAUUUGCCGAAUUGCAUCGCCGGAUAGGUGUCUGUAGUGUUGGGACUUGUGCCGUGCC